CCAACAGCAUGACUAUCUAAAACGCAGUUUAAGCUUGUCACAGCAAGGGUGGUGUAUAAAUUUUUGAAAUAAAAUACAUUACGGCUCGUGUUUUAGAGAAAACUUCAUAAAAUAAUAAACACUGAGGAAAGACAUAAUGUUUAUAUCUGUGACUAAGGUAAAAUGCAGACUGUUAACAAUUUAAAUAAACCAUAAUAUUAUAAAACUAGAAGAAAACAUGACCUCUGCCGAUUCAUCCAUUAGUAAGGGAUCUGACCAGAUCCAUGAUUACAGUUAUUCAAAGUGUGAGGAAGAUGACGUAAACACUGAAGCCCAGCACUUCUGUCCAAAAUGUGAACACUAUCUUUGUGACAAGUGUGCGAGCGUGCAUGGGGUUUAUUUAAAAAAGCAUACUGUGUAUGGGCGUGGAGACAUUCAAAAAUGGGCGGGGUUCUCCAUGGAUAAAUGUGACCAACAUGGCAACAAGUUGAAGUUCCACUGUGAUGACCAUCAAAAAUUAUGCUGCAGUGACUGUGUGACCCUCAACCACAGGCUAUGUAGAAGCAUCAGUAAUAUUCCUGACCUGGCGAGGGGCUUCUCGAAAACAGAAGAAUUCAAGCGGCUGCCAGCAGCAGUGAACAAGGUUGGGAGCGUGCUUGAUGAGCUCAAGAAUGCCAGAAUGAAAGACCAAGCCUCACUGAAGGACUCCUACAAGAACAUCAUUGCUGAAAUCAAGGCUCUCCGCAAAGAGAUAAACAAGAUCUUAGACCAGUUUGAGAAAAAGUCUGUUCAAGAAUUGGAUCGUUUGAUUAAAGAUUUAGAGAAGAGAGUGAAAGAUGAUUUGGACACUUGUGCCCAUAUGAAUGAUCAACUGAAAACCAUGGUGGAUAAGCUACAGCAGAUUACUGGCAAAGCGGAGGAGACCGAUUCUUACAUCGGAUUUAGAAAAUGUCAGACCAAGUUAAAUGAGGUAACCAGUAUGGUGCAAGAAAUACAGAGAAGACCAAGAGAAGGGGUUAUGUUCAAAUAUGAUGAAAGUGUAUUACCAUUUCUCAGAAACAUUCUUGGCACUGUUGAAAAUGUACAUUCCAUAUCAAAAACAACAGAUAACAUCCAUGUGUUUAAGGCUCAAAUUGAAAGUCACCAUUCUGUUAAAAUAAAGAAUGAUGAAAAAGAUGGCUUUAUUUUAGGUAUCUGUGAGUUGCCCAGUAGAGAGGUGGUCAUUGCUGACUUCAACAACAGAGUGAAACUUCUAGACCAGCAGUUCAACGUCAUUGAUUGUGUUGAUCUUCCUGCUGUUCCUUUUGACUUGUGCUCCAUUCCUGGUAAUGAGGUUGCUGUAGCUUCUCAGGCUUACGAUUCCGUAGCGAAUGCUGGUGACACUUUACAUGAGAUACACAUCCUGUCAGUUACCAAAGGGCAACUACAUGCAGUGAGAAAGUUCAACACAGACCACAUGUGCCGCUCCGUUAUCCACCACAAGAGCCACCUAUAUGUGGGCUCAUAUGAUGCCUUAUACAUGUACACCAUAGAUGGACGUUUGGAAAAGAAGAUGUAUGAAGACAAAUCUGGUGGCAGAACGGUGUACAAGAGUGCUGCUAGUCCUGAUGGGGAGAGAUUUUAUGUUACAAAUAACCGUCAACAUAAAUUAGUCACAAUGGACAAAAAUGGGCAAGUUCUAUCUAAAUUUGAAGACCCUGAAUUGAAGCAGCCCGCUGGAAUAUGUGUCAGCCCUUGUGGAUAUGUGUUUGUGUGUGGAAGUGUUUCCAACACUGUGUUACAAGUAGACCGGGAGGGGACACAGAAGCUAGCCACAGUUGUCAGGGGGACAGAUGACGUGUGUAAGCCUGUGUCAGUAUGGUUCAAUCAUGCCUCCAACCUCAUUGUUGGGAAAAGUAAAAGUGACGAUAUCCUUGUCAUAAAGCUGUGCUAAGCAAUGAAUAAGAUUUAUGAAUCAUUAUGUUGUAUGUGUAUGUGAUGUCUAUGUGAAUGCCAAAUGUUAAGUUAGUAUGUGUUAUAUUGAUCUAUGAGCUGUACAUGUAUCAGGUGAUUUGCCAUUGAUAUUGUAAAUAUUUGUAUUAUCAUAUUACAAUGUAUUUCCUAUUAUACAAAAAUUAUUAUGUAUUGUACAUUCAACUGUAUGUGCUAGUAUAUUGUGUAUAUAUCUAGAACUUUUGAGUGACCGGGGGAGGCGGAAAAAAUAUUUUUUAUUUUAUAUACCUUACUUCCGUUUUAAAAGUAAACUAUAACUGUGUUAUUUUGUUUUUGCCAAAUUUUGUCAAAAGGAAAUAUUUUGUUGUAAUGGCGUGACUGAGUUUUUUUAUUCUUGUAGCUGGGAAUAGGAUGUAAACUCAAGGAUUAAAGGUAUAUAAAAAAAGUAAAUAUUAUCCUAACAGUGAUAAGCAUAAUUCUUGUGCUCAAAUUAUGUUCUCCAUGUUGCGAAUGAAAACUUUUCAUGGCGUAAAGCCACAAUGUUUGGUUUGUUUAAUUAUUUGUUGUUGUUGUUGUCUUAAUCCUUUAAAUUGCAUGAAUCGAUGAUGUUUAAAUGGGAAAUACGCAUUUUAGCUUGCCUAUUCGAAGAAUAAGGAGGUUUUACUACUCGCCCCAUCGUCGGCGAUGACGUCGGCGUCCGGUUAAAGUUUUAUGGCAGGUUGGCAAUGUCACUCAUAACUUCAAUACCCUUCAUUCAAUCACUUAAUACUUCACACAUUUUUUCAGGACCAUGUCCCAAUGAGGUUACAUAACUACAUAGUAUCCGUAAAACAAUUUAUAGCCCUUGUUUCACUUAGGAACUUAAAGGUUAAAGUUUUAGAGCCAGGGACUUUGGAUAAACUUCUUGGGCAGAUUAAAGUUUUACGGCAAAAUGGAUUUUUACAAAUAACUUCUAUACCAUUCAUUCAAUACACUUAAUACUUCACACGGUUGUUGUUUCGGACCACCACACAAGUAGGUUACAUAACUCCAUAGUAUCCAUAUUAUCCUUCAUACAAAUUAUGGCCCCCGGCUGACUUUGAAACAUAGGUUAAAGUUUAAAGGCAGGUUAAAGUUUUAGGGCAAGUUGGGAUUUUAGAUUUGUAGAUGAUAACUUCUGUACCCGUCAUUCAAUUGACUUUAUAAUUCGCACAAUUAUUGACGACCAUAUCACUAUAAGGUUACAUAACUCCAUUCUAGCCCUAAAUACAAAUUAUGGCCCUUGAUUUACCUUUUUAUUUAUAUUUUUUUUUUCUUUGGCAGGCACAUUUUUAUAUUUUUAACCAGGUUUUCACAAGGGAAAACUAGUUAUUUGAUUGACCUGCGUCAUUGUUCGGGCGGGCUGGUGAGAAUAAUCUCAGCUAGAUUUGACAUAUAGAGACCAAAAUUUGUAUUUACGAAGAGUUUAUGGGGGCCUUUCACGAGAUUGUGUUUGGGGUCCGAUGGUCAAGGUUACUAUAAAUAGAAAAAUGGUUGGUCGAUAUAUCGCGACCAAACUUGGUAUAUAUGAGAAGUUUAUAGAGACCUUUAAUGGGAUUGUGUUUGGGGCCCCGAGAGUCAUGGUCAAGGUCAAGGUCACUUUUGCUAUAAAUAGAAAAUGGUUAGUACUAAAUAACGUGAGUAAAGGUUGACAUGGUUUGACUUAACUUGGUAUAUAGGACGAGUCUAUGUGGACCAUUCAUUGGAUUGCGUUUUAGGCCCCGAGGGUCAAGGCCAUUCUUACUAAAAUAGAUUACCGUUUGGUACUGAAUAACUUUAGUUAUGGUUGACAUAUUGUGACCAAACUUGAUAUGUAGAAAUAGUUCAUGGAUGACUUCCAUGGGAUUGUGUUUGGGACCGCUCACAACAAAGGCGGAGGCUCUGUCAAUCAUUUUAAACCUGUUUUUUAAACGCGGCGUUUCUUCUUUACUUUAACUAUUACCUUUUUAAUUGCUUUUGACUGGCACAUAUUGCAUCAUUAUUGUAUUCUUUUCUAAGACAAAACGGCGGAGACGAGCGUGCUGUACUAUGACAGCUCUUGUUAAUUUAAGCUGUUUGCAGUACUUUUAGGCUUUAAUAGAAGUAUAUGUGAUCGAUUUGUCCGACAUUCAUAUGUUUUGUUGCUUGAUCAAAGAAGGUGAUGUGUACUUUUAUAAAGGUAUAUACUAUAUUAUUAAAUUAUGAUAUAUUAAGGUUAUAUUAAUCACCAUAUUUAAUGUAUAGCUGUUAUUAUAAUAAAUUAAAAAUAAAGACGUA